AUGGCAUCAGAAAAAAACUUGGAGACUCACCAAGCUGAGGGGCUAGUCACUAUUCUAGCUAUUGGCACAACAAAUCCACCCCACUGCUUCUACCAAGUAGACUACUCUGAUUUCUACUUUAGAGUUACCAAAAGAGAGCACAAGAUAGAAUUGAAAGACAAAUUCAAACGAAUAUGUGAGAGAUCCUCAAUAAAGAAACGCUACAUGCAUCUUACUGAAGAUAUUAUCAAAGAGAACCCAAACUUAAUAAUCUACAAGGCUCCAUCAUUUGAUGCUCGUCAAGAUAUUCUUGUCACAGAAGUACCCAAGCUUGGUAAGGAAGCAGCAUUAAAAGCCAUCAAAGAAUGGGGACAACCCAUAUCAAAGAUCACACACCUUAUAUUUUGUACAUCAUCAGGCAUAAACAUGCCCAGUGCGGACCACCAGCUUGCUAGGCUCAUUGGCCUAAAACCUUCUGUUCAGAAAUUCAUGAUUUAUCAACAAGGUUGCUUUGCUGCUGGGACCGCCCUUCGCCUUUCCAAGGAUUUGGCAAAGAACAAUGCUGGUGCUCGAGUACUUAUUGUGUGCUCUGAGCUCAUGGUUGAGUGUUUCCAACCACCCUCAGAGACCCACUUAGACAUACUGGUGGGCUCUGCACUUUUCUCUGAUGGGGCUGCAGCUGUGAUUGUUGGUGCUAAUCCUGAUACCACCAUCAACGAGCGCCCUUUGUUUCAAAUUGUAUCAGCGCAUCAGACAAUUAUCCCCGAUUCUGCUGAUAAAAUAGUAGCGAAAAUACGUGAAAUGGGAAUGGAGUAUUACUUGUCUAGAGUUCCUAGGUGCAUUGCUAACAACAUCGAGCAAUGCUUGAUUGAAGCGUUGAUCCCAUUCGGCAUUGGCGAUUGGAAGACAUUGUUUUACAUAGUCCAUCCUGGUGGCCCAGCUGUUCUUAGAGGAGUUGAAGAAAAACUUGGUUUGGACAGGGAGAAGCUCAAAGCCAGUUGGCAUGUGCUAAGUGAAUAUGGAAAUAUGUGGAGUCCGAGUGUGCUCUUCGUUCUGGAUGAGAUGAGGAAAAUGUCAAUCUUGGAAGGCAAAGCCACCGCCGGUGAAGGCUUAGAGUGGGGGGUCCUUUUCGGCUUUGGGCCGGGUCUCACUGUGGAAACCGUGGUGCUUCGUAGCUUUGCUUUAAAUUCACAUCCCUAGUUACAAGCCAGCCAUGGCCCACAUAUCAUCAGUUUAAAUUUCGAUAUCGGCUGCUACCUGGGACGGAGCCAGCUU